AUGUUGGCCAUGGUCUUUAACACAAGAGUCCCCUCUCUCCCAGGAGUUUUUGACAAGCCUUCGCUCUCAGCGCAGCCCGGCCCCGUGGUGUCCCCAGGAGGGGUCGUGACUCUGCAGUGUCGGAGCAAAUAUGGUUUUGACCAAUUUGCUCUGUACAAGAAGGGGGACACUGGGCCCUUCAAGGGAUCUGAGAGGUGGUACCAGGCCAAUUUUCCCAUCAUCUCGGCGAUGCCCACCCACAGUGGGACCUACCAAUGCUACAGCUUUUCCAGUAUAUCCCCGUACCUGUGGUCGGCCCCUAGCGACCCCCUGGAGCUCAUGGUCACAGGGACCUCUGUGACCCCCAACCAAUUAUCCACAGAAACACCUUCCUCUGUAACAGAGCCUUCUAGAAAUAUCACCAUCUUUCCAAAGGGAUCAGGCUCUCCAACUGGUCUUGCUGGCUGGCAGUACUCAAGGGGCAAUCUUGUCCGCAUAUGCCUGGGGGCUGCAGUCCUAAUACUCUUGGCGGGUCUCCUGGUGGAGGACUGGCAUAGCCGAAAGAAGCCCCUACUGCAUCGGGUCGGAGGCAUCCACAGGCCACUCCCAACCCACCCGAAGACCCAGAAAUCACACAGUUGUCAGGACAGGGGGCGACCAGACAGUCCUAACCUUGAGGCCACUGUUAGAACUCCAAGGCUUGAUGGUAUUUAAGAGGCAAGUCAUGGGAGUGGGGAGGGGACUUAGAGUGUGUGUAGAGUGUGAGAGCAAGAGGACAGAGGCUAUGGCUAUGAAAAAGGAGGGCCAGGAGUGUCUCUUCUCGGGGCUCCAAUAAGGAGCUAU